AUGAAGUUCACCGCUGCCAUUCUUGCUCUUGCUGCCACCGCAGUUGCGGUUCCCACCGGCCACUACGGCGAGCCAGGCGGCCACGGCCAGGGCCAGGGCCAUGGCGGCGUUUGCAACAACAACGACCGGUCGAACAAGGUCUGCUGCUCCGGCAUCAUUGCCGGUGUUCUCUGCAACAUUGAUAUCGUGGGAGGAAACUGCAACGGCGGCAGCUACUGCUGCAAGUCCGCGCCCCAGGGUGGACUCAUCAACAUUGGCCUUGACUGCCUCAAGCUUCAAUGA